CCGCAGCCCCAGAGAAUGAAUGAAAUUGAAAUAGCUGCUACAUUACAUGUACAAUACCGGGCUCUGCGGUGUUGCAUUCUAUCACACUAUAUCAAAAUGGCCACAGCGGUGCAGAACCCCCUCAAAUCGCAAUCUGGAGGUGCAGUCAUCAAGAACAGUCUUGGCGAGGAGUUUUAUAAGGACGCCAUCGAGCACUGUCGCAGCUACAAUGCCCGUCUGUGUGCCGAGCGCUCCAUGCGACUCCCCUUCCUGGACUCGCAGACCGGUGUGGCCCAGAGCAACUGCUACAUCUGGAUGGAGAAGAACCACCGUGGACCGGGUCAUGCACCAGGUCAGUUGUACACAUAUCCCGCUCGCUGCUGGCGCAAGAAGAGACGGCUAAACAUCUUGGAGGACCCGCGGCUUGUACCGAUCGAGUUCAAAAUCGACUACGAGGCCUCUCUAAAGAAGGAGGGGGGGAUCCCGGACGGUCCUGUGCUGGAGUCGCUGCUCGCCGGGGAAACCCUGGACAAGAAGGUAGAGACCAAGGAGGAGGAGCCAAUGAGCGAGUGUCAGAAGCUGCUUGUCGGGGAUUUCCCUCACGAGCUGGAGGUGGAUGAGAUGGAGGAAGACGUUCCCAAGCGAAAGAACCGUACCAAAGGACGGGCCUACGGUGUCGGGGGCAUGAGGAAGAGACAAGAGCUGCCUGCCAUUGAAGACAGAGACAAGCCUUACGUCUGUGACAUCUGUGGAAAGCGCUAUAAGAACCGUCCAGGGCUGAGCUACCAUUAUACUCACACCCACCUGGCAGAUGAGGAGGGGGAAGAAGACUCAGAGCGACACACGCUACCCUUCCAGCGCAAGAACAACCACAAGCCCAAGAAAGCAGCGGACGGCUCAGUGAUCGCCAACGGCUACUGUGACUUCUGCCUCGGAGGCUCAAAGAAGACCGGCUGCCCCGAAGACCUUAUCUCCUGUGCGGACUGCGGACGCUCAGGUAGGGCACCGCUGAAGGGGAUAGUUGGCAGGAGGAAGGCGGUCCUCUGUUGAUGCACAAUUUUGGUGCGUGUGCUUCCUUUUUCUUUGGAGUAUAGAUUUCGUAUCUACGACAUAACUAAAAGCAAGUUCCACUUCCCGUUACAAGUAAAAUGGAUGGACCAUACCAGUGUUUGUUUUUUUUUUGUUUUUUUUAUUUGUUUGUUUCAGCCCAUCUUCUACAAAUCAUGUACCGUAUAUCGUAUUGACAACCUUUUUGCUGUAGUGUUUUAUGUUCUUGAGCUUGUUGAGCCAUUGGAUUCCUUUUUUUUCCUACUACAGUAUGAAAAACGAUUUGCAGAGAUUUGAAACUGAACUUGAGAUAUUGGCCCUGACGGACAAAACAUAUACAGCGAAAGCAUUAAGCUUAUCAGAGACUCUCCGGAUAAUAUGUACAUACCAAAACAAAAACAACCUGCAUACAGCUAAUACAAAUUCCAAAUGCUAUCUAAUAAAUUAGCAAUUGUGACUUCCAGUAGUUUGCUUAUAGCCUAAAGUGUGAAUUUAAAGGCCAUUGUACAUUGUAAAUUAAAUUCUAUCUUCUCUCAUUCGUGUAAUUGACGUUGGGUUUUCUUUGUAGUGGGGUUGAAUGCAGAUUGAUUUGAAAACUUUUGCUGCAUUAGAUUUCAGCAAUAAGAUAAAUUACAAAAUAAAAUGUGACGCAUUGCCUUUACAUUACACUGCCUCGCCUCUACUCACAAUGAUGUUCUGCAAGUUGACUUUCCUUCUUUGUCGAAGGGAAUAGGAAAACCUUUGCUCGAUCACAUUUCAAACUUCCAAAACAACAAGACCAGCGACUGUAAAGCUCAGUGUGUUCGCAUCUUCUCUGUAAGAAUUUUAUUUUACUGAAACAGAUUCGUGUUGCUGCUUAAGACGUGUAAAAGUAUCAACACCCGAUAAGAUGGUGAAAAUCUGCAUACACAAUAAUCAAUUUCUAAUGAUUGAUUACACCUUAAUUAUAGCACGAUAUUGGAAGUCGUAGAGUUUUGUAUAAUACGAAAUACAAUUUAAGAUAUUCAACAGAUUGCAUGCAGCUCACGGUAUAUGCAACACGUACAGUAUGACGGCUAUGCAGUGUGACAGAAAAGCAAAAACACACUUGUGUCGUGUCAAAUGUCUGUCUUCAAGGUCAGGGUUGAACUUCCGUGCUCAAGCCGGCGCCUAGUUUGCUCUAACGCGGUCAUGUUCAUUGUUCUGCGGUGCUGUCAAACAAAAGACAUUUCUUGGCAAUAAAAUAUCGAGGGAUUCAAUUGGAAUGUUGGUUUUGACCUUCUUGUUUCGCCUCAAACAAAAAAAAAAUGUCUUUAAAAUCUUGUUGCGCACCUUUCAAUCCUGGGUUUUUGUGCAUCAGUUUACACUUGUGAUAUUAUAAACCACUGUCUAUUUCUCCUCUGAAGAGAUUCUCCCGUGUGCUACAAGGAACGCAGAUGAAUUUGUGGGACGAUGGUCUCCCUUUAUUUUAUGUAUCAUUGGUUGUACAGUAAAAUUUUAUUAAGUGUGAUUUUUACGUGGUUGUAUUAUUAUUUAUGUGUUUUUUCUGGUUACAUGUAUACAUGCAGAUAUUGCAGUGUAUAUAAUGCACAAUUAAUGUACUUAUUGCAUGUACUGUGUAUUUUUUCCUUUCCUUUUCAUCUGAAAAAAAUAAAAAAAAGAGAACAAAAGAAACG